CAGAUGAAAAAGAGCGGAGUCAAACAAACGACUUGAAGAAAAUGGUGAAUUUAUGGAUAACUUGUGCAUCCUCCAUAUCCAUCCUUCUAAUCGCAGCUACAGUAGUUUCGGCCUAUUCCAGAGACGUGACCGAGUUGCAGAUCAGCGUCCAGCAUAAGCCAACAUCUUGUACAAUACAGGCACACAAAGGUGAUAAAAUCAAAGUACAUUAUCGGGGAAAACUUACUGAUGGCAAAGUUUUUGAUUCCAGUUUUGAAAGGGGAACCCCAUUAGAAUUUGUGCUUGGUAGUGGUCAAGUGAUAAAAGGAUGGGACGAUGGACUGAUGGGAAUGUGCGUUGGAGAGAAGCGUCAGCUGACGAUACCCGCUAAAAUGGGCUAUGGAGAGAGGGGAUAUCCACCUAUCAUUCCAGGUGGGGCCACACUUAUAUUCGAUACGGAGCUUAUCGCAGUUAAUGGAAAAAGACCAGGUGAAGGAGACAACGGUAACGGUGAGUUAUGAUCUCAAGAAGCCUGAUUGGUUGCUUGAUGGUAUAAGCCUGUUGUCUGCUCGGUAUUUAGAGUUCAAUUUUUGUACCUUAAACUCGAAGCACGACACUAAUCUUUCUAACGUAGAAAUGGCCUAAUCGUGUUAUAAUGAUUUGUACCUCACGAGCUUCGACUCAUAUCUUGUACUAGAUUUUCUCCAUUUCCAC